AUGCCGCCGAAGAAGAAGAAGGACAAGAAGAAGAAGAAGAAGGGGGGCGAAGUCGAGAAGGAGCAGGAAGAGACGGAAUAUGACUCCAUGGACCUCGAGAUGCUCCAGGAAGUCGUGCCCAUGCUCAAGCAGCAGCUCGCCAAGUGCACGCUCGACCGCAACUACGUGCAACUCGAGCGCGACACGAUCCAGAUGUUCUACGACAUCACCAAGGGCGAGGUCCAGGACAUCGAGCGCCAGAUCGCCGCCAAGGACCGCGAGAUGGAGCUCAUGGAGGACAACCACCGCGUCGAGGUCCGCGUCUACCUCCAGAAGGUGAAGCAUUUGGAGUACGAGCACAACAACAACCUGCGGAACAUCGCCGUCGAGGGCGAGCACUUCAUGACGGAGGAGCACGAGAACCACGACAACCGCGCCUACGAGCUCAAGAAGACCAAAAAGUCGCUGAAGCUCGAGCUCGCGGAGCGCGAGUGGAGCAACGCGGAGGAGAUCAAGCAGGUGAAGCAGCAGCACGCGAAGAAUUUGUUGAAGAUGCGCGAGGGCUUCGAGGGCCAGCUCGGCGAGCUCAGCGACCGCUGCGGCAAGCGCCUCGAGCAGCUCGCGGCGGACCUGGAGCUGCGGCGCAAGGUCCACGUCCACGAGAUCGAGGAGCGGAAGAACCUCCACAUCAACGACCUCAUGCGGAACCACGAGAAGGCGCUCGGCCGCGCGGGAAAUAUUCAAAAUGACUUCAAUUCCUACUACAACGACAUCACCAACGACAACUUGAAAUUGAUCAAGUCCCUGAAGGACGAGGUCGCGGAGAUGAAGAAGAAGGCCGUCGCGAACCAGAAGCUCAUGCACGACAUCAGCCAGGAGAACAUGCGGCUCAAGGAGCCGCUGACCGUGGCCGUCGCGGAGGUCGCGGAGCUGCGGGCCCAGCUCAAGGACCGGCAGAAGGACCGGCUGUCGCUGCGCAACUCGCGCGCGCGGCUCCAGGUCUUGGAGCAGCAGCUCCGGGACCUGGUCGAGUCGCACGAGGCGCUGAAGCUGGGCUACGCGGCCGUCGAGAAGGCGCGCGACGAGCUCUACAACACCUUCGAGGCGUCCAUCGGCCAGAUCCAGCAGAAGUCGGACUUCGCCAACGUCAUGCUCGAGCAGAAGCUCUCGACCAUGCAGCACUCCGUGGAGAACGCGGCCGAGCAGGUCGCGCAGAUCAUCUCCGCCGCGGGACUCGACGCGGCGGAGAUGGAGGGCGUCGGCGCGUCCCUCGAGAACACGCUCGCGGGCCGGAACCAGUCCAUCCGCGACACGCGCUACGAGCUCAUCCGCAUGACCAAGGUCUACAACGACUCGCUCCGCACGUACACGCAGAAGCUCAUCGAGCUCGGCAUCCCCGCGAACGAGAUCGACUCCAUGGGCUUCUCCGCGAUCCCGACGUCCGCGUCGUCGGGGCCCGCGGGCCUCGUCGUCAAGUAG